CGGUUUUGCUCCUGGAUCUGGAUGCGAGCGUCAUUUCAAUGAUUCCGCACUGUGGCCAGUGUCUGUGUUGUGUUAACUUCAUGGGAUAGACUAUGCUGCGUCUUGGCAGUAGAAUCUUCAGCUGCUGCUAGUCUGGUUGAUCGAAAAAUGUAGUCAUUCUGUGCUGUGUUUAGUGUAUUGUUCUGGUCCUAGACACAGACCAGCAAUUCUGUGAGAAGAUGUUGAGCCGAAUAAUGAGUGGCAGCAUCAGGAAUCUGGAUAGAGAAUAUGACUGCACCGUCAGACUCCUGGAUGAUACGGAAUACACAUGCACAAUUCAGCGGGAUGCUAAAGGACAGUAUCUGUUCGACCUCAUCUGCCACCACCUGAAUCUGCUGGAGAAGGACUACUUCGGCAUCAGAUAUGUGGACCCAGACAAGCAGCGGCAUUGGUUGGAGGUCACAAAGUGUAUUGCCAAGCAGAUGAAAUCCCAGCCUCCAUUCACCAUGUGUCUCAGAGUCAAGUUUUACCCUCCUGACCCCGCUGCUCUCAAAGAGGAAAUCACCAGAUAUUUAGUCUUCCUGCAGAUCAAGAGAGAUCUGUAUCAUGGCCGCCUCCUGUGUAAGACGACGGAUGCUGCCAUGCUGGCUGCCUUCAUCCUGCAAGCUGAGAUUGGGGACUAUGACCCUGGGAAGCAUCCUGAAGGAUACAGUUCUAAAUUCCAGUUCUUCCCAAAACAUUCAGUGAAGCUGGAGCGACGAAUCUCAGACAUACACAAGACAGAACUGAUUGGCCAGACACCUGACACAUCAGAGCUGAAUUUUCUCCAGAAAGCCCAGAUGCUGGAGACAUAUGGUGUGGAUCCUCAUCCAUGCAAGGAUGUGUCUGGAAAUCCAGCCUUUCUUGCCUUCACCCCAUUCGGAUUUGUCGUGCUUCAGGGAAACAAGAGGGUUCAUUUUCUCAAGUGGAACGAGGUGACCAAACUGAAGUUCGAGGGAAAGAUAUUCCAUAUAUAUGCAAAUCAGAAGGAGGACAAAAAGAUCAUCUUGACAUACUUUGCACCAACACCUGAGGCCUGCAAGCACCUGUGGAAAUGUGGAGUGGAGAACCAAGCCUUCUACAAGCUGGAGAAGUCGAGUCAGGUGAGGACAGUGUCCAGCAGCAACUUGUUCUUCAAGGGGAGUCGUUUCCGCUACAGUGGACGAGUGGCGAAAGAAGUGAUGGAGCAGAGUGCCAAAAUCAAACGAGAGCCUCCAGAAAUACACAGGGCUGGCCUGGUUCCCAGUAGAAGCUGUCCGUCCAUCACUCACGGGCCGCGCCUCACCAGUGUUCCACGCACCCGCCGGAGAGCCGUCCACAUUUCCAUCAUGGAGGGUCUGGAGUCGUUGCGUGACAGUGCCCACUCUACACCUGUGCGCUCUGUGUCCCAUGGGGACUCCUUCAUGCCGCGCUCCCGCAGCCUAGCCACGGACGCCAGCGAGGGCUCGGCGGUGAUCUCUGACGAGGCCUACAGCCCCUCUGACAGCGUGCUGCCUACCCCUGUGGCAGAGCACAGCCUGGAGUUGACCGUGGCACGCCAGGUCAACGGAGCCCCCUGCAGCAUCAAGGAGGAGAAGGAGUCGGAGGCAGGCACCCCCUCGGUGGGGGAUGCUGGCGACUUGUCAGACAGUAGAGCGACGGUUGAGGGUGCAGAGGGAGCCUCGCCGCUCAGCGAAGUGGAACAGGUGAAUACGUUUGUUUUAAGUGUCCUCCGUUUGCUUCUUGUGACCAUUGGACUCCUCUUUGUCUUGCUCUUCCUCCUCAUCGUCCUCACUGAAUCCGACCUUGACGUUGCAUUUUUACGUGAUAUCCGCCAGACCCCCGAAUUUGAGCAGUUCCAUUACGAAUACUUUUGUCCCCUCAGGCGGUGGUUUGCCUGCAAGCUCCGCUGGGCGGGCAGUUUGCUCAUUAACAAAUGAGAGAGAGCAUGAGGCGGUAGAGCACGUAAGCCCAUUCGGGGUUAGAGAAGACGAUUAAAGCUACGGAGAGAUGGAGGGCAGCCCCUUUCCAACCAUGAACCCAGCUUGUCUCAUGAUACUCCUGGAAUCACUGUGCCAGGAGUUUCUCUCUCUCCCUCCAUUUUGAGUUACUCCCCCCUUUUUCCCCUUUACCGUUCGUUUGUUUUUUACAAACCCAGAAGACAUGUUUUUUUUUAUUUUUAAUUUUAGGUCAUUUCAGGUAUAUUAUUUUUUCAAAAAAUAUAAACGAAAAAAUAAGAAACUGAAAUUAAAGAACUGAAGUAUUUUUUAACAGGAACAAGACAUUUUGUUGCAACGAAUGAAUGAAUGUUGCCUACAUUUACUAUGUAUUGUUUGGAAAAUAAAUUGCAUUUGCAUAGGGGAAGAAUGUGAUGCAAGGAUAUCAGGGAAGCCACCAAGUCAUCGAAAUGGUUCAGAAUGAAGUCAAAUAAAUACAGCUUUGAAAAGUGUUCAGUGAAGUAGACAGUCAUGCCUUUUAAGAUGAAGAAACAUCCAUCCCAAGCCAUACAUCUAUAAUGGUUUUCAUUUAUCAGAACAAAGCGCAAGUGAUUGAAAUUGAGUAAGUCGGGGAUGAUUACCAAAUGCCUUUUAUGAAGAAAAAAGUAUAUGAUAUGAAGAACGUUUUGAAUUUGUCGGAUUGUUUUAAAGUUAUACUUUAGUGGAAAUACAAUAGGUGUAUAAAGUAGAAGCUGUGAAGUUGAAAUCCGUUUAAAGUUUUUAUAAAGGAUACAGUUAAAUAAACCAGUGACCAUGGAGUUAUGUGACCCCAUAGUGUCAGUAACUGUUGAUGAUCAACUUCUUGGAAACACUCACUAGCACCAAUAGGACCAGUCUAGGUAGAUGUGCAAUAGUCUUUAGGUUAAAUACUUCAGUACUUUUGAAUGUGUGCAUUUGUUUUGUCAUAUUUCUUAAUUUUGUUUUAUGUACAUUUCUUGAUGUUAAGAUCUGUUGAAAUGUAUGAUUUCUUUCAGUUCCAUAUCAACCUUGCUCUUCAUUUUGCGUAUAUUAUACUGUAAUUAAUUGUUAGUAUAAGAAUAACAAUGAUGUACUUUUUGUACAAAGUAGUUUGUUUCCUAUUAUAUUGACAGUUUUUCCAUGUAUAUUUUUAACAGAACUGAAAUGAUAUUUUGUUAUUGAAGAUGAAAUUAUAAUUUUUUUUAGCUCUGUGUUUCAAGUGAGGUCUGCCAUUUAUGGACAUAUAUGACAUAUAUGAAAAGGGGUUGACUCAAAAACUGGGCUUUUAUCCAAAUCCACUCUCUCACUCCACCAGCAUGCAUACUUUUUAGUUGUCAAGAGAACUAUUUCAAAUGGAACAAUACAUAUUGUCAAAAGUAGACUGGACUACAAUACCAACAGAAAAGAUAGUACUCCAAAGACAAUGCAGAUUGGUCAGUCGUUUUCCACGUUUUUUAUUUUUUUUAAAAUUUUACCUUUAUUUAACCAGGCAGGUGUGAGUGUGUGUUUGUAUGUAGGAAUGUAACACACUUCAAGCUGAUAAUGAGAAGUGUUGACAGAUAAAAAAUAUGGUCUUAUUUUUUUUAAAGUGAGAGAAAACGAUAAAGAAAGAUAUUGAAAGAAAGAGAUUGAAUGAGAAAAAGGUAGAGGUUCAAGGGAUGUCAAAAUAAAUUAGCACUGAUGAGUCGACCAGCCUCACAUGCCACGAGGCCGGUACGAGUAUAAUCAAAGGGGAAUGCAUAUGUGACCAUUUGGUGCUCGUGACUAUUGGCUGCAGCCAUUCUUGUUUUGGCCUGUUAUUUAACACCAUGACCUCCACACAGCUGCUCCAUGCUCUGAUCCCCCAGUGGUGCUGUUGCCUGCUCUGCCCUGGGGAGCCCAGCCUGGGCCCAUGUAUCCAGAGCACUGCAUCCCCUGGCCCUGAGUGUAGUCUGUCCCCCAACAGGACCCUGCUAGUUGAAGUAGUCCCAGCAAGGAAGAAACUGCAGCAUAUACUAGUCAGUGCUACGGCUGGGUGUCUACUGUGGUCCUAGACAUUUCAGUUCUUAACCCUCCAUCAACAGUGUGGGGCCCAGACAUCUGCUGUGUGAAAUACCCAUGUUCAUGGCAGAGGUGUGCUAAAAGCAGCCCUUAGUAGCAAAUCUGGUGCAGUAACAGUUACGUACCAUAGAAAGGCAGAAAUUCCUGAGUCAAAUAUGCAUGCUCCUUAUGCUAGUGUAUUAUGCAUGCACUUCCAAUGAACAGCACACAAAGAUAGAGGAUGACUUGAAAGGUUGAAUUUGUCUGUAUCUGGAUGGGGAGUGUUGAUCCAGUAUGCAAGAUAACGGUACUUUUUCGUUAUUUUAUAAAUUCAUAUUUCCGAUUUCUAACUUGCCUAGUGCUAAAUACUGUAAAGGUCAACAAGACAGUUCCAGACAGUCUGUUAGUGUUACUUCUUAAAGGUCAGGGAACUGGAAGAGAAAAAAGGUCAAUUGAUGGUCUAUGUUCGUACACAUUAUCAGCAUUAUGCAGCUUUAAUGUUCUUUCCAAGCAUGCAACAAUUAAGGCAGCAUCAUUCAAUAAGCAAUAAUCAGUCAAAUUGUAAGAGCAAAUGGACAUAGAAAUGUAAACAGAAGUCUUACACUGGAUAUUGUGCUGUUUUUUUGCAGUGUCAAAAAUCAGUUGACUGUCAUUGUAUACUACAUGGUCAAAAGUAUGUGGACAUCCCUUCAAAUUAGUGGAUAUAGCUAUUUCAGCCACACCUGUUGCUGACAGGUGUGUAACAUUGAGCACAUAGCCAUGCAAUUUAUUGUGAAGUGGAAACGUCUAGGAGCAACAACGGCUCAGCUGCGAAGUGGAAGGCAAGCUCACAGAACAGGACAGCCGAGUGCUGAAGCGCAUAGCGCCUAAAAAUCGUUUGUCCUCGUUUGCAACACUCACUACUGAGUUCGGCACCAUUGGACUCUGGAGCAGUGGAAAUGCAUUCUCUGGAGUGAUGAAUCACACUUCACCAUCUGGCAGUCCGACGGACUAAUCUGGGUUUAGCAGAUGCCAGGAGAACGCUACCUGCCCCGAUGCAUAAUGCCAACUGUAAAGUUUGGUGUAGGAUAAAUAAUGGUUCGGGGUAGGCCCCUUAUUUCCAUUGAAGGGAAAUCUUAACACUAUGGCAUACAAUGAUGUUCUAGAUGAUCCUGUGCUUCCAACUUUGUGGCAACAGAUUGGGGAAGGUCCUUUCCUGUUUCAGCAUGACAAUUCCCCAGUGCACAAAGCGAGGUCCAUACAGAAACGGUUAGUCGAGAUCUGUGUGGAACAACUUGACUGGCCUGUACAGAUCCCCAACCUCAACCCCAUCGAACACCUUUGGGAUGAAUUGGAACGGCGACUGGGAGCCAGGCCUAAUAGCCCAACAUCAGUGCCCGACUUCACUAAUGCUGUUGUGGCUGAAAGGAAGCAAGUCCCUGUAGCAAUGUUCCAACAUCUAGUGGACCAACUCCAGAAUGAGAUGUUCACAUACUUUUGUCAUGUAGUGUAAUUACAUUACCAACAAAUUAGAGCUCAUGGUACGCGCCUUUUCCUUUUUCAUAAAACACAGUAAAUGUAAAAUGAAGACAGUUAUUAUUCUUAGUAUGUACCAUAUUUUAUAGAUGUUUUUUUCCUUCCAUUGUUAAAGCUCUUAUUGGCAUGUUGGAAUUCAGCAUUUUGUUCAACAGUACUUCAUUGUGACCCAAGGGUCUUUCCCGUGCCUGGAAUCUUUAGUCCCGAACAGCUCUGCAUUUUUAACAAAGGGGCAAAUGAGUGAAUGGACAGAGAUAGAUGCAGAGUACCCUCCUCAUAAUGUAUGGACUACCCUUUAAUCUCACAAGCUUAAAUGGAAAACACUGUUUACUAUGUAGCUGUUGUUAAUGUAGGGUGGUGGUUACUGAUCCCAUGUGAUGUAUGGUCGGCACUUACGGCAGAGUGAGUCAUUUGUGUCUCUGACAGAAAGUUAUGUAGUUCUAUAUCCAUCUGAAUCUGUACAGGCACGUUGCCUCUGAAAAACCUUGAAUCUGUACAGUACAUUUGAUCUGGUGAUGUCAUGUUUACAUUAGUUUCUUUGAUCUCUCCUGGGAACUGGCUGUAGUACUUGUUUGUCUGGUAGAUGUUUCAGACUCUUGCCUGGUAGUGUGUAAAACAAUAGGGAAUUUCUGUUAUCUUUGGACAACUGCCCUGGUUUACAUAUAGUAUGUUGGAAAUCAUUAUGGAAACCACAGACUAAUAAAUAACAUGGAUUGGCCAUUACUCUGAUUAAAGGAGGUACAAGAUAUUCUACAUAUGACGGUUUGCCAAUGGCAUGAAGAUGAAAUAGUAGUCAAAUGUAAGUGAAAAGUACAGCUUGACAAAUAACAUGCCAGCAGAUGAGAUAGUUUAACUGCAAAAGGUAAAUAGCAUUGAGCUCUUUUCCUGAAGGUCCCCUUUACUCCCACAGUAAUGCUACUUAACAAGUAUAGGGCAGACAGAGCUACAGCUAUAGAGCUGAGGGAGUUAAUAGAACCAGUCAUUAUUAUGUCACCUUGUUGUAAUAUGCUUCCCCCCCUCGCCAGCUCCCAAGCAAACACUCUCACAGCUGUGCAUAUACAUGUAAAUAAGUGUAUAUGCAUAAGUGUCUGUAGACGUGUCUUAUGUAUCUUUCUCUCUCCAAUGAAGGUUGCUGUUUAUUUAUGUAAUAUGAAUAUACAAAUGUGCCAAAUCCAGUUCUUGUUCAGAUCCAUUCUGAAUCCCAUGUUUAUACUGUAGAAAACCUUCUGUACAAAACAAUAUACAAUAUUGUUUCUCUCUGAUAGUCCCUUGUAACUGGUGCCAUUAAACUAUUACAAUUUUAAAUAAACAUUGAAUAAAC